CCGGCGGCCGUUGGGGCUGUUGGCGCUGCCCGGGGAGCCGCCGCGGGACGGGCGCCGAGCCGCAGCCGCCGCCACUGCCGGCCGAGCGGAUUGACAUGGGAGGAAUUCACUGGCCCUAUCCUCAUAGCAGUGCAACUGACCUUGUCAUCAGAGUUGAAACUUAUGCCUAGAGCGGCAGAUUGUACUAAGCCUACUAUGUAAGCAGACAUCUCUGUCUAUCUUCAUCAACAGCUGCUGAGAAAAGUCCGUUGCAUCAUCUCUGGUAUAACUGCAAGUAUGACUUGACUGAUUUGCAUUCAUGGCUCUUGGAUGAUCUGGUGAACCAUGGAGCUCAAAGUAUGGGUGGAUGGAGUCCAGAGAAUUGUGUGUGGGGUCACUGAAGUCACAACAUGCCAGGAAGUUGUAAUAGCCCUUGCUCAGGCUAUUGGUCGCACCGGGCGGUACACGUUGAUCGAGAAAUGGCGGGACACGGAGAGGCACCUGGCGCCGCACGAGAACCCCAUCGUCUCGCUGAACAAGUGGGGACAGUACGCGAGCGACGUGCAGCUGAUCCUGCGCCGCACCGGGCCCUCGCUGAGCGAGCGGCCCACUUCGGACAGCAUGGCUCGCAUCCCGGAGAGGACUCUGUACCGGCAGAGCCUGCCCCCGCUGGCCAAGCUGAGGCCGCCCGGCGAUAAGUCUAUGAAGAGGAGGGAGCCGAAAAGGAAGUCACUCACCUUCACUGGAGGGGCCAAGGGGUUAAUGGACAUCUUUGGGAAAAGCAAAGAAUCCGAGUUCAAGCAAAAGGUGCUCAACAACUGUAAAACUACGGCGGAUGAGUUGAAGAAAUUGAUCCACCUGCAGACGGAGAAGCUUCAGUGCAUCGAGAAACAGCUGGAGUCCAAUGAAGCUGAGAUUCGCUACUGGGAACAAAAGUACAACUCCAGCCUGGAGGAGGAAAUCCUUAAGCUGGAGCAGAAGAUCAAAAGGAAUGAAGUGGAGAUUGAAGAGGAAGAGUUCUGGGAAAACGAGCUGCAGAUCGAACAAGAGAACGAAAAGCAGUUGAAGGAGCAGCUGCAGGAAAUGAGGCAGAGGAUCCUGGAGUGCGAGAGCAAGCUGAAGGACUACAUGUCUCAGAUCCACAACAUGGAAAGUGGCCUUGAAGCAGAGAAGUUGCAACGGGAAGUUCAAGAGUCCCAAGUCAAUGAAGAAGAAGUCAAGGAAAAGAUCGAGAAGGUGAAAGGUGAAAUUGAUAUUCAAGGUCAGCAGAGUCUGAGAUUGGAAAAUGGCAUUAAAGCUGUAGAAAGGUCUUUGGGCCAAGCUACCAAACGAUUACAGGACAGGGAACAAGAACUAGAGCAACUGACAAAGGAGCUGCGACAGGUCAAUCUCCAACAGUUCAUCCAACAGACAGGAACAAAGGUCACGGUGCUGCCAGCAGAUCCCGUUGAGGUGGAGGCCCCGCAGGCGGAGCUCGAGAGAGAGCCACCAUUCCAGUCAGGGUCACUGAAGCGCCCUGGCUCAUCGAGGCAACUCCCCAGUAACCUUCGGAUUCUACAGAAUCCCCUAUCGUCUGGUUUUAACCCGGAGGGCAUUUACGUAUGACAGUACAUACCUCUUCUGGAGAGGACCUAGAGAGGUACCCUGGACAAGAUACACUUUUGUUUUAUUCUGCCAGUGAUGAAUGGAAGAAGAUUUUAUCUUUUUUUUUGUUUGGUUUGGUUUUUUUUAAGCCACCGUAUUAUUUUUUUCUUCUUCCUCCAGCACACCACUUGGAGCCAUACCCUGUGCACUGAUGCUAAAGAGACAGAGGAACUGUCUUGGUUCAUAAUUGGCAAGGAUGAACUUGUCCACACAGCUAGAGUGCAAAAACCUUCCUUUGGUUUUGCCACUUCAGAAUUGUCUGGGAAAGUAUUGUUCCUUGUAUAGGCAUAAAUAAAAGACUGAGGGUGAAGAAAACCAUGUAUGUAGCUGACCUGAGGUUUAAUUUAUUCCCAUUAAUUCAUGGGGGUGUGAAUGUUGACCUUUUCUUUUUUCUUUUUAACUUGUGAAUAAUCACGUGUGGCUGAGUCAGUCUGAGAAGGGGACCUUGAUUUGGGUGUACAAACAUCCGGGAUUUGAUCAAGCCCGACAAUUUGCAAUGCAGAGUUCUGUGGAGUACUGAACCAUUGAAAUGGUUUCUCACCACUGACUGUUAAUUUCUGUUGUGAGUCAUAAUAUGUCACGUUCCAUCCAUUGCUACCUUUUAAGGCUUGAACAGUGAGUUUGUGGGAUUAACUUGCUGUUGAAUCUGCCUUCAGUGAAGCACCUAAUGUUCAAAAGAUUUAUGGAAUUUAAACCUUGGCUUGGUAAAAAUAUUUCCAGCAUAUGAUUGAGGAUGCACUAGCUAGAUGAUAUUUUAUUAUAUAGAAUGUAUAUCUGAAAUAUUUUGCCACAUUGUAUAUGCCUUUUGAGCAAAGAACAAUGUAAGAAGUUGUCUUUAUAUAUCUUAUCGAAAGAAAGGAGGAGGCUUUCACUGUGUGUGAUUUCGUACUUUAUUUUUUCCACUAGCCAUUACAGUAUUCUUGUUUUGUGGUAAAUCUUGCUGUUGGAGGAGAAAAAGAACCCCCCAAGACAAAUAAGCAUCCUCUUCCAGCCUUCCAGAAUUCACUCAAGUUUUGUGGAGGGAAGGAACCUGGCAGAGAGUCCCACAAUGUCAAUAGGAGAGCUUCUACUGACUUCAGUGGGGCCAGGACUUCAUUUCAUGUCCCCAGUGUUAAAUGGUAGACGUUUAGUCUCUUUGAAGGAUGUCUUGCUGCUCAGUCACUUCCAGAAUAUAAAGCUUACAGGCUGUAAAUUAGCACUUUUGGUAGUCAUUUUUUCACAGAACAUGUGAAAAGAGAACGUGGUCUUAUCUUGAUGUCACUCUGCUGCAAUCAAAGCUAAGCGAGGACUAGACAGAAUGGCUUCCAUGUGGAAAGUAAGGCACUACCAAGUAGCUUGUUGGUUCCAGGCCUCGACAGUUAGAUUGCUGAAGUGAACACCAAGCUUGUAGAGAAAGUGACUGGUAUCAGUGGGAUGCUUUACCUGUGUUAGGAGGCUGGCCUCACGGAUGAGUUAGAGAACAGAUGAGCCUUACCUAGUUGCAUUUGAAUUUCCUGCUCUAACAGCAACUCAUACCACCAUCCCCACUUUUGAGAUCCCCUUGGCAUGAGAGGGGGUCACCGUGCUUUCACUGCAGUAUUGAGAACCUGGACUUACCAGUGGCAAAAUGAUGGAACUCCUGACAUCUUUGGCAGGGUCAGGACUUUAACCCUGGUAGGAAACUCCAAGCUUUUUGUGAUAGAAAAUGCUUAAGAAUUUUUAACUCAUAGCAUCCGUGUUGAUUUUCUGAUGUGCAGAUAAAUGUUAAAUUUCCUUUUUUAGAAAAGAAGCUUCCUCACAAAUGGAAGUUUUACAAGGUAUAUUAGAAAAUGAAGGACUUGUGUUUAAUGCAUUAUAUUUUUUCCCCUUUUUUAUUAAUGACAUCAUUUAUUCUAAAAAUGCUGCUGGAUUUAGACUAACAGCAACAGAUAAGGCUGUGAAUAUAUAAAGGACCUUUCCAAACAGACUCUGAAUUUUUACUGUUUAACUUAUCACAUCUUUUUUUUUUUCAUUUUUUCCCCCCUUUGUGAGCAAACUGGAAAAGGAAAUGUUCCUACCUGAGGAAUCUUUGCAGUGCUCACAGGUUUUACUCUUAGUUUAUCACAAUUCUGUGCUCAUGUUUACUGUGCCCAUAACUUUGUGUUGGAAAAAAAAAAUAAAAAGAAUGUGUGUGUGUGUGUGUGUAUGUGUGUAUAUAUAUAUAUAUAUAUAUAAAGAGUGUAAAAUAUACACAUAGUUUGGGGACAAUAUCUGUCCAAGGUACUUGAGCAUAUAUGCCUUACAUUCUGGGCUCAAUUCACAGAAAUGAAAUGGCCCUCUCCAGUGGAUAUCUUGCAUCUUCAGCACCUCUUGAUAUUAGAGAACUGAGGCACUCAGCACCUUGCAAAGUCUGGCCCAAAUUAUGCUGCAUGGGGGUCAGGGGAAACACGAAGAAAAGCCUGUUGCAGUUUCAGUCUUGUACUGAGAUGAAAUAUUUUUAAGGCAGAUCAGUAUACCCAGCUCAUGUUUUUGUCGUGCUUUGUGACUGGUCCAUCUCCCACAGAUGUCAGUUUGAGCUGAAUUGGGCUCUCGCCUCAAAAACUGCUCUCUUUCUCUGCCAGGUUUUUCUUUAAGAUGGAAGGAGGAGGAAAAGGAUUAAAAAGAAGGGCAAGAGCAGCUUUGGAGGGCUUGAGUUAUGGCUUUGUAAUAGAAUCAAGGAAGGAAUUUGCCAUUUAAGUUUAAAAAAUAGCACCUGCUGACUGCAGCAGCUGUUUGACAGAGGGGCCAUCCUGGAGCUGGCUUGGGAGCAAUCACAGCAUCAGCACUGUGUGGACCCUCCUUGUCAGGGCUUUGAGCAGAUGUCAAGGUGACUUGAAAAACAUUCACAGCUUCAGCCACUCUUGUGGCAAAGGAGAGGCUUUGGUAUCCAAACCUGUCAUUUGUGAGACACUGACAAAUUCCCCUGCCCCCACCAUACUCCUCUUGCUUACUGAAUUUCACCCAGGCUAAAGUUCUGUAGCAGUUUCACCCUCUCUGUAAAUAAACCAAAACGAAGUGGCAUGCCCUUGCAUUAAAUGUGAACUGAACAAUGUAUUACAGUUACAAAAAUUCCUCACAUUAAGGUGUUAAGAGUUUUGCUUCUGAUCAACUGCAGAACCUCACUCUUUCUUUCCAAAUGUAGAAAAACUCAUUUUUUCAGAAGUGUUUCAAACCUACUUACGGGGCAUUAGCAGAAAGGAAGCUCCACAUACUGAUUUUUAAAAGUGCCAUACUAUUUACUGGGUAGCAUGAUUAAAAUUGGAAGAGUUGACCACAAGCUCUAUUUUCCAGUGCAUGGGGAAUUUAUAUGGAGAACUCCUGUAAUUUAUUACUAACAACAGUUUACUGUAUUACCUCUCUUCAUCUGUGAGGAUACAGUUUCUUCUUGCUGGUGAUGCUAUGUUGUUAUGGGAAAAGGGACAGGGGGAGAGUUGACCAUUUGAAAAGCCUGUAGGUUAAGGCUAAGGUAAACAUUAAUGCCCAAACAAGGGAGAAACCUGAGUCCCACUCUGAAAAGUCAGCUAGGAACCUGCCUCCCCUUACCUUUCAGUGGGACUUAGGUUCCUAAGUGCCUGAAUUGCUUCUGGAAAAUGGUAUGUUAGCUUUGAGAUGACUUGCUUUUCCAAACCCUAGCAAGUUGAAAGGAAUUUCUUGAAGACAAGAACUACCACUAGCAUUAGCAAUAUGCAAACAUGCUUUCAUUGUGAGGUAAGAGGGAAAAGAUUCUUUAGUGAAGUAAAAGUCUCCUCUUGGGGCAAUAAUUGCCUUGUUUUUAGCUUGAAGAGUAUUGCAUUGUUUUAGAGAAUUUGGGGUCAUGCAAGUAUGAGCAAAAAAAACCCAGGAUCUUGUAAUCUUUAGUGAGUUAUCUUGAAGCAUAUAAAUUGUGAUGUGCAUUAACUUGAGUGAAUUGGGCCUUAAUGAUCUAUGUAAAUAACAAAAUUGUAUUCAGAUAUUUUUUCCAGGAAAUAGUCUCUAAUGGUCUGUACUGUACUCAAAUAAGUGUCAAAGUGUUACUUUUAUAUUACACUUUUUUUUUUUUUUUAGAACAUUGAAACAUGCAUGUUUAUUCUAUUUGCUACAGUAUUUUAAUGUUUUGGAUGAAGGCCAUCAGUUGUAUGGAGAUGACAAAACAAUCAUUCUGUCUAUUUAUUCAGUAUUGCUGCUUAAAGUUUUCAAAAUAAAGCUUUCAAUGCCAAUAUAGUGACUGAUUGAAAGCUUGUUCUAGCUCUCUUCAGGUGGUUUUUUUUUCUAUGUAUGUAAAAAAACUAAAGUGAAACUUGGGUACAUAAACUGUUAUACCAGCAAAGAAUUAUUGCAAUAAUAUUGUGGGGAGAAGCUGGGGGUAAGUGUGUGUAAUAUAUCCAGAAAUGUAUGCAUGCAGUGAAUGCGCUUGGGUCUUAAGUAAGGUGGAGUGCUGAAGAAUGUUCCAAUCCUUUGAGGUCUUGCCAGCAACUUCCAUAUGCCAUCAAACACUGGUGAGAGCGCUUCACGCCAUCACGCCAGCGUGCAGUGCUUGUGAGGGGCAGAAUGAGCAGAGGUGGUCACAAAGGAUUAACCUUGGAGCCCUUCGAACCAAAUGGGAUUUAAGCACAUUUUUGAGUAUUCCAUAGCUGUGUUUCUGAAUUGGGCCUAAAAGCAUGUUCAGAUACAAAAAAAAUAUUUCACUUGCAGCAAGGAUGCCUCGUUUCAAGCGUAGCUGGUACCUCUGAAAAAUUUGAGUAGUUCCCACAUGGAUGAAGUAUGCCUGCUCUAUUUGUAAAGGGUAUUAAAAUGCAGAGAGCAUUCACCCUUAUGAUCACCCUGUGAAACUACUAUCUAGGGGUUCUGACUGGAAGAUUUGAGUUGCUGAUGCUUUAACCUAGAGAAGCAACGCAAACUAAUUGUGAAAACAUGAGUGAGCAUUUUAUUACUGCUCUGCUUCAAUGCAAGAUGAAAAUCUGUAUUAUAUGUAACUAUAUUUUUUGUCAUUUAAAAAGCUUCUAUUUUUUA